AUGCCCGUAUACAAGUUUGCUCCCAGCGCUAACAUCAGCAAAGGUCCUCAUGCUCUUGAAUCUACCAUCAUCAUUCAAUCGAAAAGUGUGGCGUUCUCGGAUGAAAUCCCAAAGCAAUUCGUAAACUUAGGAAACAAAGAUUUUGUCGACUAUGUAAAGAUCGAUCCUCUUCGAUAUGCAUUUUGCAACUUCCCAGACCCUUUCUACCCUAAAGAAGUAUGUGAGUUUUACUAUACAUGCUCUAUUGAUACUUUUUCUGGAACCAUCACUGGAACCAUUGGAGAUGGUCGAUAUAGGGGUACUAUUGAUGCGUUAACCCCUCCUACUACUGAAACUACUAAUCCACUGAUUCAAGAUGUCAAUUCUCCAAAGCCAACGUCUCCUCCUCCUCAAGCUGAGAGUGUUCCUAUCAUGACUGCUCCCCUUCAUCAAGAUAAUCAGGGAGAAUCCAACUCUAACUUUGAAACUGUUGUGCUUUCUCAACUUUCCUUAAUUGUGCCAUUAACUUAUGAAUAA